CAACAAGAAAUUCAACUAUUGAAGCGCCACGUAUAGAAAUUUUUGCUGACCACUCCGACAAUUAAUGCGACAAAGUGUCGAUGACGUUUGCUGUUAAUGGCAACCGUUGCUAAGAUACAAGCCUUGCGGACAACAACUUUAUUAUUUUGUGUGAAUGUGAAGAGUGUUGAGUAGUUUUUUUGAAACUGUUAAAUAAAAUUUAAAGAAACAGGGUCUUUUGCGUUUGAAAUGAGUCAAAAAACAGCAGUUUUAACUGAAGAGAUCGAAGAACUUCGAAAAAAGGUUGCUUUGCUCGGUGGCGAUACUAAAGCAUAUAAAGAAACUGCGCAAUGGAAAAUAAAAACAAACAAAGAAGUUAUUUUGAAAAUGAGGCAGCAAAGCAAAGAAUUUAGGACACUUUUAGCGAAGAGCAAUGCCGGCGAUGAAAAGGUUAUUGAUGAAGCAUUUAAAGAGAGAGAUCCCCAACGAUAUUGUGCUAUGAAAGGUUUACCAGGCAGAACUGCAAUAGAAAAGUUGGAUCAACAAGUCUGCGAGUCAGUAAACAGGCUGAAUGCAAUUCGUCAUCAAAGGAAGAACAAACAAAAGAAACUCGACAAACUACAGACUGAAAUCGAUGAAAUGUCUAGAAGGACGGAGGAGAUACAGAAAUCUGAUAUGGGAGAGUCGUCAGAAGCACAGACAUUGCGAGUUCUUGAGAAUAGGUUGGAUAAAAUGAAUUUAAAAUGUAACGAAGCGACACGGAUUACGACAACCUACCAGCAAAUUAUUGAAUGUUUACGUGAGGAACAGUUGACAUGGCCGAACAUGUUAAAGGACCUUGAAGAGGCAAUCGAAGCUCAACGCGAGGAGCUUCGUGAACUAAAAGCUAUGAAUAACGACGCUCAAAUUGCACGAGACACGGCGAAAUCUGAACUUACCAGACUGGAGCAGAGCGUUUUUGAAUCAAAGCGUGAAAGAGAGGCAGCUUUAGCAGAAUACAAGAAACAAGCUGAGGAGAAAAAGGAACAUGCAGAGAAAGUAGAGAAACGAUUGCAUAGAGGAUCGAUUCAACAAGAUGAUUUGUCAGAUCAAAAACCCGUUUUAUCUGGUGAAGAACAAGAGAGAAAAAUCACCACUUACGAAGGUGCCAUGAUGAAAAUUAAAGACGCCACUGGAGUAUCGGACAUUCGAGAAGUCGUACAAAGGUUUCUUUCUCAAGGUGACACGCAAAAGCAUUUGGAACAACUGAAAAACGAUAACGAAAAGAUGUUGGUUCGUCUCAAGGAAGAAAAGGAAAAGCUUCAACGAGAGUUUGAAGAUAUGAAAUAUUCUGGCGAAGCAAAGCUUUCUAGCGGCCAAAGACUGUUGGAAGAAUUUCAGCAACGCUUAUUGGACGAAGAAAAGAAGUUAGAAGAAUCAAGGAUACGUCAAGAACGCGCAUCAAAAACAUUGAUCAAUGUAAAAGCCGGCGUUGAACAUUUAGCAGAUAAACUACAGCAUCUCAAAGCUCCUAAAGGACAUGUUCCUCGGGCACAGCUUGCUCCAACUUCAGAUGAAUAUGUUCUUGAUCUACUGGGACAAUGCGAACAAAAACUGUUGAAAAUAAUGGAUGAUCUUGGUGGUAAAAGUUUAGAUGAUAUUUUGAAAGAAGACAGCGAGUUUCGAGUUUCAUUGGAGUCUAAGAUACCACAGUUUAACACACGUAUUCAACUGCCAAAGACUAAUAUCAGUGGAACAAAUUAUGAAGAUGACGAAGACAGUGGAGAUGAUGAAGAUGUUCUGUCAAGACAAGCCAUCAAAAUGCACGCACAACAAAUUAUUGACUCCAAGAAUAAGAAAAACAAACCCAGAAAAAAUAAACGAAAGACAAAAUAAAGCUUGGAUACCAAUGUAUAUAGUUUAUAAUGCUUUGGCUGGCUCAAUAAAUAUAUUUUAUGAAAUGA